AUGUCGUCCAUGUCACUCACCCCAUCUGUUAAAGAAGCACGUCUAAUCCACUUGAAGGUAAAGCUCAAGACCUACGAAGACCAGCGCGACAAGCAGAACCAUGUGAUAGCUGAGCUGUGGUCGGAGUAUGUCAAGAAGUCUGAGGAGGAGGCUGCGUUGAGAAUAAAGAUUAAUAGCUACGUUAAGGAUAAUACAGAUGAGGGUAAAAGAUUGGAGAAGGAGCUGGAGAGAGUUACCAGGGUGGUGCUGGAGCUGGGGGUGGCGAAGAGUGCGGCGUCGGCAGAGGUAAGGAGGUUGACGAAGAAGAUUGCGGCGAAGAAGAUUAAAAUAGCAGUGGCGAGAAGUCGGUGGUCACCUGCGGCUUGA